UCUUCUUUGCCCGAGCUGAAUUAGCUAUGUCCUCAAUCGAUGGCCGUGGCCAUUAGACUAGUCUCUCAGGUUGACACUCAUUGCGCGAGUCAUGUGUGUGCGCGUGUGUGGAACGUGUAUAUAUAUAUAAGGACUACAAGUGUGACAGGUGCUCGUCAAAUAUCGUAGUUCAAGAAAGUUAACACAGCGUUUGUCAGAACUACAGUUGGGGUGGAAUCAAGACGGACAUGUCCAAGGUCUGUCCGUGAAUGUCCAUGUUGACGAACGCUGGGAAAUUUUCGGACCGAGCUGCAUGGACUGUAGGGAGUAUGGAACUGUACACGUCUAGUCUCUGGCAUAAAAGCACGUGGAAUAGACCCGGAAUCAAAAGCGUGUUGUCUAUAUACUUCAGAAGUCCCAAAAGAGCUCUUUUUCUGACCAUCCUAAUCUCAGCCCUAUUACUUUUGGCUAUUCAUGUAUGGGGAAGUUUAUUACACGUUCAUCAAUUUGUCUACAAAUGUCAUGAAGAGUAUGGAUAUCCCUUGAACGACACAGUUGUUAAUCCACAUCCUUAUAAAUACAUAACGAACGCGUCAUCCACUUGUGCUGACAUCCCGGAAGUCUACGUCAUCACUCUUGUCAAAUCUGCAGCGGGAAAUUUCAAACAGAGGCAUUUCAUACGUCAAACAUGGGGUAUCGACGCUCGGAAAAAGAGACUUAAAUUAUUAUUUCUUUUAGGAUACGACGUAGAUAACCAGUUUAUGGUAGAAUAUGAAAAUAGAGUGCACGGAGAUAUUGUUCAACAAGAUUUCCACGAAAACUAUUACAACAACACUGUCAAGGUAACGUCAGCGCUUAACUGGGUGACCACCUUCUGCAAACAUGCAAAAUUUAUUCAGAUUGUGGACGACGAUAUGUACAUUAACUUUCAAAAUGUUCUUGGCUUUCUUGAGGACAAGAAACAAAGUGAUAGGUUCAAUCUGUACGCUGGAUAUCUUAUACGCGAGCCGAUCCCAGAUAGAGUCAUUGAAUCUAAGUGGUAUAUUUCUCCCAGCAACUAUUCGUUUGACUGUUUCCCUCCCUAUAUAGCCGGGGGAUAUGUGUUGAUGAAUAGUCGAACUGUUCGAGAGUUUCAGAAGAUCAUUCCGUACAUUCCACCCCUACCUUUUGACGAUGUCUAUUUUGGUAUCGUCUCCCAGAAAUUAGACAUUUUUCCGUCCAAUAUUAAUACUUUAGAUGUUAGCAGGUCUCUUACAGCGCGCGAAAAAGUGAAGUGUCUUAUAGCAAUACAUGAUUUUAAAACUCUACAAGAUUUUAUGUAUGCAUAUAAUGUUACUCACAAUAGAUUCAUUGAGGUUAGGUGACGACAUGUAUAGUUUAAGAUAUUAGAAUUUCUUGGGUAUUUUAGAAAACUUGUUUUAUUUGUAAAAAUAAUAUAUAUGGUUUUAACUUAACUAUCUAGUGGAUUGAUAAACGUAAACGUGUCAAUACAUCUAAAGUUUGUGAAGUGAAAUAUUUUUUCAAGCAAUUGUUCAUUGUUUUUUAUUCAAAAUUCGUUACAUAAAAUGUUUGCAAUCAUAAUGAUGAUUAGUUUAGUGACAAAUUUCUAUACAUUCUCUAGAUGGUGAAUUGUAUAAUUUAACGAAGGGCAGUUUUUAAUAUGGAAAUCCUCACAUAAAGUUUCUCAGAAAAACAAUUGUAGAUCAAAUGAGGAUUUUUCCUUAAAGUUGAAUACGCGAAAGAAAUGUUACACCAUUGUAUUAAAUUUCUUUAAUAAUUAUUAUUCGCUUGUUAGUGAUAUAAACAGCAUUUAUAGCUCAGAAGAUGAUAUUUAUUACAGCAGUUUAUGAAUUGUCUAACAAGAUCUCUGCAUAUAUUUUUAUUACAUUUUUAUUAUUUAUUUUUUAUAUGUAUUACAUGAAUUGCCUGUCUGCUUUCCCCGAUACCAAAAUGACGGGAGACUACACUGCAUGCAAAUAUUUUUUGUAUUUAUUUUUUUUCUUACAAAAAUAAUAUAUAUACAUGUACUUCUUUUAUACUUGCCAAAUAGUUUAUGCUGUCUGUAGCUAAAUUAUUAGUCCUAUUAUUAGUCCUCUGUUACAGUGUUGUUGUAAAUGCACUGAAAGUUUUAGAGUAUGUCCAUUUAAUACUCAAAGGCUUCAGGCAUUUGAACCUUCGUUUCCAGGAUCAUGAAGCAAACUUAGACUUAAGUCAAAAAUUGUAAACUGUCUUAAUGUCUCUUGAUUGAAAUGACUGAAAAAAUUGAAAUGCAAUGACAAGGGUCUUGAUACAAAAUUUACAGUUACAAAUUUUGAUCGUCAUAAUAAUGAUAAACAAUCAUUUUAUGACUGACGGAAAUUUUGACUUCAGUCUGAAAUUGCGUCAUGAUCAUGACGCCUGACUGUUAUAUAUAUAAACGUUUACGGUGUUACUGCAAUUCGGGUUUAUUGCUAGUAUAUUGACCAUCGCAUUUUGUUGAUUUUAUAUUUAAUUCAUGGAACUCUUAAAUCAUACCUAGUUCAUUUCCUACUGGUGUUCAAAGAGUGAUUUGAGAAGACAACAACAAAAAUUGUUUUCUUUUGGUUGUUGAAUAAUCUUCUAAAUAUGUCGCCUCUUUGCCUCCAUAUACUAAUAGCUGCAUCCCUUUUUAACUACGCCCGUAUUUUAAGUGCUCAGAUUAAGCUAUUGCACUCGAUGACGUCAUCGUUGACUACACAUUAGACCCAAUAUCGUACAUUGAAAAUGUAUAAUAUUAUAUUAGUAAUAGAGAACACAAAACUAUUCUAAAUCUUGUGUUUAUAAUAUUGCAUUGCAUUAGGUAAGUGGGUCUGUGUACAUUAUGAGUGUCUAACACUUUAAUCUCCAACUGCAUUUAAAAUCUAAAUAUUCUGUCUAUGCAUACAACUGUGUAGUACUACAUAAACUAUACAUCUACUGUUCUUAUAGAAAUUAUGAAGUUUUAAUGAUAUGAUUCUAUCUAAAUGAUAUAAUUUAUAAUGUUUUACACUGGCUAGAAAUAAAAACAGUUUUUUUUUAUCUAUGCAUACAACAUUGUAGUAUUACAUAUAUUAUACAUCAACUGUUCAUAUAAAGAUUAUGAAAUUAUAAUGUUACAGUUCUAUCUAAAUAACAUAAUUAAUUUUUUACACUGGCUAGGAAUAAAAAACGUUUUUUUUUUUGCUUUUUAAAAUCCAACAGAUGUAGAUCUAAUAUUCUAUAAGAAAAAGUAAAUAAACAUGAACAAAUGUCCAGAUAUUUUAAGUUUUGCAAUAAUUUUGAAAUUUUUUAUUUGGCAUACUUUCCUCAUCGACCUCCAUCUUAUCUCUUUUUUAAUAGAAUAAAUUCAAACAAAAUAUCAAAUGAAAGGGAUUUAAAACUUGUUUUUUAAAGUUUCAAUUUAUCAUUUGAGAACUCUGUGGAAAAGAAAAUUGGUAAAGGUUUUAUGGAUAAUACAGAGUGAAAACAUGUAUGUUUUGGUGCACAACCAACCUAGCCACCCCCCCCCCCCCCCCCCCCCCGAAAAAGAUAUCGAAUGGGAAUUCACUCAUUUCCAUCUACACAAUGUCAAGGUUUUGUGAUUACGGAACUCCACACAAUUCACAAAACCCUGACAUUGUGUAGAUGGGAUCCAUUCUGAGACAACAUUUUUUUUUAAUAUGUACUUAGACACUUUUGUCUGUUUGAAAACUGCACGUGCAUGAAAUCUUUCAAAACAUAUUCCUGGGGAGCCAGUUUUCUGAGAUCCAGUUUGAAAUGCAAGAACACCGGUCUGUCCGUAAAUAUGAUAGCUUCAACGCUAACGGUUAUUAGGCAUAAUAAAGCGGUUGUUAUGAGGAUGUAUUGAUCCGUGUGAGUAGUUCAACUUUUGUGUACUCAUGUACAGAAUGUGAUUAUUAACAAUGAUUGUCUUAAUUUUGUCCCAAAUAUUAAGGGCCCUAAUUAUGGUAUUGAACAAUUUACGUGCAAUAAAUUUUUCUACAAGUG